ACGACCGGUCGUGGCCCCGCUUUUACGCAGCAGAGGAGGCGCCAACCCUCCACACCUCUCGCCGCCAGGAUCACUUGUAGUUUUCCGCUCGCCCGCGCAGCAUGACCGGGUACUCGAACUUGGCGACGCCCAACGAUGCGAAAAACUACGUGAACGAGGCCGGCCAGAUCGAGUGGGGCGCGAUUCCGCUCAACGCGGCCCUCGACAAGCUCAAGGCGACGCGUGAAGGUCUCUCGUCCGAUGAAGCCGAGAAGCGUCUCCUUGAGCACGGCCCGAACGCGCUACCCAAGCACGAGGUCAACCGCCUCAUGGUCUUUCUCGGCUUCAUGUGGAACCCGCUCUCGUGGGCCAUGGAGGUCGCGGCCAUCUUGUCGCUUGUCUUGCUUGACUUCCCGGACUUUGGUUUGAUUCUCGCGCUGCUGCUGCUGAACGCGUGCAUUGGCUACUUUGAAGAGAUGCAGGCUGGUGACGCCGUCUCGGCGCUCAUGGGCCAGCUCGCGCCCGAGUGCAAGGUGUUCCGUGACGGUGCCAUGAUCAACCUUCCCGCCGACCAGCUCGUGCCCGGUGACGUGAUCCGCAUUCGUCUCGGUGAUGUACUUCCGGCCGACGUCAAGUUCCUUGAGGGCGACUCGGUCAAGAUCGAUCAGUCGUCGCUGACGGGUGAGUCGCUUCCGGUGACCAAGAGCGAAGGCGACGAAGGCUACUCGGGUUCGAUCUGCAAGCAGGGAGAAAUCGAAGCUGUUGUCACGAGCACGGGUGUCCACACGUUUCUUGGUCGCGCCGCCGAGCAGAUUGCCGGCGUCGAGUCGCAUGGUCGUCUCCAGGAAGUGCUCACGACGGUCGGCAACUUUUGCAUGGUCUCGAUCAUCGUCUGGUGCAUCAUCGAGCUCGUCGUUCAGAUGGGCGCUCGCAAGGACGAGAACCCGUGCUUGAUCAUCACCGACGGCUGCCUCGGUGUCGCCAACAUCCUCGUCUUGAUCGUCGGUGGCAUCCCGGUGGCCAUGCCCACGGUCUUGUCGGUCACGCUUGCGAUUGGUUCGUCGGCGCUUGCCAAGGAGAACGCCAUCGUCACGCGCCUCACGUCGAUCGAGGAGAUGGCUUCGAUGGAGAUCCUUUGCUCGGACAAGACCGGUACGCUCACGCUGAACAAGCUCUCGGUGGACUUGGAGAACCUCGUGCCGUACAACGACUACACGGGCGACGACAUCCUCCUCUAUGGUGCUCUCUCGGCGCGUAUCGAGAACAACGAGGCCAUCGACGUCGUGUGCCACAACACGUAUCCUGGUAACGCUACGAUGUGGGAGAAGUACACCUUGCUGCACUACACGCCGUUCGACCCGACGACGAAGCGCACGAUCGCCAAGAUCAAGGACAACACGACGGGCAAGGUCUUCCGCGCCUGCAAGGGUGCGCCGCAAGUUUGCUUGGACAUGGACGACAACGCCGACGCCCUUCGUGAAGAAGUCGAAGGUCGCAUCAACGAGUACGCGUCGCGCGGCUACCGUGGUCUCGGUGUCUCGUUCUCGCACGGCGACGUUCCGAUGGAGGAAGCCUCGUGGAAGCUUGUCGGUAUCCUUCCGCUCUUUGACCCGCCCCGCCACGAUACCGCCGAGACGGUCAAGCGUGCCAUCGAGCUCGGAGUUGCAGUCAAGAUGGUCACGGGCGACCACCGCGUCAUUGCCAUUGAGACGUGUCGCCAGCUUGGUAUGCCCACCAACAUUUUGGACACGUCGUUCUUCAACAAGGCGCCGCCGCCGGGUGUCAACCUUGCGCAGAUGGUGUACGAGACGGACGGCUUUGCUCAAGUCUUUCCUGAGCACAAGUUUGAGAUUGUGCGCCAGCUCCAGUCGCUCGACAAGAUUGUUGGUAUGACGGGUGACGGUGUCAACGAUGCACCGGCGCUUGCACAGGCCGACAUUGGUAUUGCCGUCGACGACGCCACCGACGCUGCCCGUGCUGCUGCCGACAUUGUGCUCGUGUCGCCUGGUCUCUCGGUCAUCAUCACGGCCAUCCGCAUGUCGCGCGAGAUCUUCUUGCGCAUGAAGAACUACGCCAUGUACUCGAUUGCGAUGACAGUCCGUAUUGUCUUGACGUUUGGCCUGCUCACGGUGUGCUACAACUGGUACUUCCCCACGAUCCUCGUCGUUGUCUUGGCCAUUUUGAACGACGGCACGAUCUUGACCAUCUCCAAGGACAACGUGACGGCGUCGCGCACGCCCGACUCGUGGAAGCUCAAGCAGGUGUUCAUCUCGUCGAUCUGCUUUGGCAUUUGGCUCACGAUUUCGACGAUCGUCUUGGUCGGUGUCGCGUACAACACGUCGGCGUUUGAAGGUUUUAUCGACUCGGAGAACCUCUGCGUUGGCUGCAUCAAGGACGCAUGCAACUCGUACUUCACGGAACGCGUCCAGUCGUGUAUGAAGACCAACGAUACAGCAGCCUGUGGCGAACUCGAUGGCUCGGUCUACAAGCCGUCGCUCAGCCUGGAAAACUUGGGACUCCUUCGGAAGAACCGGAAGGACUACGUCGAAGGCUACAAAAAGAAGUACAACGCCGAGUCGAAGAACUCGAACUGGGGCAAGCUCUUCGAGCACCUCAAGGGCAGCCACAUCAACGAUCUGGACCGCGAACCGUCGGCCGAUGAAGUCUACCAGCAGUUCUACAAGCAGUACACGGCCGAGGCCAAGGAGCUCGACGAUGCGCUCAACGGCCGCGGCGUCGCCUUUGUCGGGCGCGGCUACAUCCCGCUGACCAACGGCGUCAGCUUCUGCGACUUCAUGUGGGACUACUCAAAUUUCAACACUCGUUUCACAAAGAACCACAAGGCUAUCGGCCCCGGUAUGCAAAAGAAGGACGGUAUCCUCCGCUCGCUCGUUUACACGCAGGUCUCGAUCUCGGGCCAGGCGCUCAUCUUUGUCACGCGUACGGCCGGCAUCAACACGUGGUUCUUUGCCGAGAAGCCGUGCAACCUCCUCCUCAUUGCGUUCGUCUUUGCCCAAGUUGUGGCUUCGGUGAUCGGCUACUACGGCUUCAACGGAUACCCGUCGGACCGUAUCGCCGUCUUCGGCUGCGGCGGUGGAUACCUCGUGAUCGCCUGGAUCUGGUCGAUCGUGUGGCACUUCCCCCUCGACUUGAUCAAGUUUGCUGUCAACUACGCGCUCAACGCCAACACGUACACGUCGACGGCGUUCGACUCGCGCAUCAACGCCGGCCAUCCGUCUCAGGCCCAUGCGCGCAUUACGCAACACGCCCGAUCGGUCCGCGCCUCGCGCACGGUGUAAUGAAGUGAUUAACAUUGAUCAAGAUGUUCGAGCAGUACAA